CCAUCCAACUACUAACAAAAUAUUCAUGAUAAAUAAAGUCUCUCAGACUUCUUCGUUCAACCCUCUUAACGCUUUUCAAGGCAAGCAAAAAUGGAAGCUGUAACAGCUUCCUUUUUCCCUGCACUUCACAAGUUGACUACUUCACUCAACAAACUUCAACGACUCACGAUACCGCUGUUGCCUACUUCAUUUUCAGUAAGUCACAAAAACUUGUCAUCAAAGUCAAAACUUUACACGGCCCUUUCAUCGCAAGCAGCAGCAACAGUUUCAGCUGAAGAUGAUGAGGUUGACACUGGAGAGAAGUUUGACUGGUUUGCACAGUGGUAUCCAGUGAUGCCAGUGUGUGACUUGGAUAAGAGAGUACCGCAUGCUAAGAGGGUUUUGGGGCUUGAUGUGGUGGUGUGGUGGGAUAAGAAUGAGAGUGCAUGGAGAGUUUUUGAUGACACGUGUCCUCAUAGAUUGGCUCCUUUGUCGGAAGGGAGGAUUGAUCAGUGGGGCAGUCUGCAAUGUCUGUACCAUGGUUGGUGUUUCAAUGGCUCUGGUGACUGUAAAUUCAUUCCUCAGGCUCCCCCUGAUGGCCCUCCGGUUCACACAUUCAAGAAAGCAUGUGCAAAUGCUUAUCCAUGCACUGUGCAGAAUGGCAUUGUUUGGUUUUGGCCAAAGUCUGAGCCACAAUACAGAGAUAUUCUGCUGAAGAAAAAACCUCCCUACAUCCCAGAAAUGGAUGACCCUUCCUACACCAAAUCAAUUGGAAAUAGAGACAUGCCUUAUGGGUACGAGGUCUUAAUUGAAAAUCUAAUGGACCCAGCUCAUGUACCAUAUGCUCAUUAUAAGAUAAUGAGAAUUCCGCAAGCCAGAGACAGAGUUAAGGCUGAUAGAGAAGGAGGUGCACCUAUUGAAAUGAGUGCACAAGGCUUAGGAAUAAAUGGUUUCACUUCAAAGCGUGAAUGGGGCGGUAGCAAAUUCAUCGCUCCUUGUGUUUAUUACGCUUUUCCUGAAGUUGUUGCAGAUGAAAGUAGUGUACCUGAAGGAAAUAAUGGCUCAGUGUCACCAGCACUUAACAAAACGGUGCCUCCAUCACAACGAAGGGUUGUUUUAAUCUUUAUUUGUGUUCCAGUUAGUCCAGGUAAAAGCAGAGUAAUAUGGUGCUUUCCAAGAAAUUUUGCAGUUUGGAUCGACCGAAUUUUUCCCAGAUGGAUAUUUCAUUUGAACCAAAAUCUUGUUCUUGAUUCAGAUUUGUACUUUCUUCAUUUGGAGGAGCGGAAGAUAAUGGCCGUAGGUCCUUCAAAUUGGCAAAAGGUCUGUUUUGUGCCAACAAAAUCAGAUGCCAAUGUGGUUGCUUUCAGAAAAUGGUUGAACAAGUACUCAGGUGGUCAAAUUAAUUGGGGAGACAAGUUCAAAUUCGAUCUCGCCCUUCCUCCGAUUCCUAAAGAGCAGCUAAUGGAUAGGUACUGGUCUCAUGUGGUGAAUUGCAGCAGCUGUAGCAUGGCACAUAAAGGUCUCGCUGCACUUGAGGUCGCACUGCAGUUCAUGUCUAUAAUUUCCAUAGGGGUUGUCGCUGCAACUAAGCACAAGAUGCCAGUAACUGCUAGGAUCGCAUUGGUUUCCAUGGCUAUACUUUGCUUUGCUGCUUCUAAAUGGUUGUCCCAUUUCAUUUACAAAAAUUUCCAUUUCCAUGAUUACAAUCAUGCCCUUAUUUGAGUGAAGUUAGCCACCCAUUAGUAGAACAAACGUAUAUGUAUCCAUCCAAUCAUAUUGUAGCUGAGAUGAUGUGCUCAUGUACCCAGAAAAAAGUACUUAUAUUUAAAGAAAUAACAAGUAAUAUUCAGCAGCCAUUACGAAAA